AUGGUGGGGAGGGCGCGGGGGGGCCUCCGGCUGCCUCUGCAGGGGGCUGUACAGAGGGGGGUCACAAUGCAGCCAACCACGGCGAUGGCCGCGCAGAUGCAACUCAGGCAGGGCCCCAGGAUGGCCCCGACGCCGGACAAGAUCAGCGCGCCGAGCAGCAAGGACGGGGACUCCGUGGCGAGCGGGGCAUCGACAGUGUGCCUCACGGAGGACUCGAAGCACCCGGAGAUUGUGCGCACAGGGUAUAUCCUAUCCCUGACUGCGGUGAUCCUCACCGUAUGCGUCCUCGAGAGCAAGGGGAAUGUCUACGCGCUGAACCUUGCGAUCCUGACGGCGCUCCCGCUGCUCUCGGCAACCGCGGUGCUGCACAGCUACUCGAUGAACCGACUGCGGCUCUCGGUCCUCGCGGCGGUGGCGACAACCCUCUCUGCCUGGGCGGCGAUAUCCAUCCUGGUCAAUGACAACACGCUAUCCCUGCUGAGACACAUACCCGGGAUGGCGCUGCUCAACGCCUUCUUCUACCUGAUGUCGACGCGCUGGAGGCGAAUCAUCUCCGUCGUCUGCAGUGUCCUAAUCCUCCUCUGCAUCGCGAUGAGCGCAAUCAUCGAUGCCACCCUGCCAUCGAAGCAGGUGAUCGUACUCUUGACGAUCCUGAUCUUCUUCCUGCUCUUCGUGCAGAGCAACAUCGCUGUCACACCUGGCCCAUGCAAGAAGAGCGAUGGCUGCAGCCUGGGGAUGGUCUGA